CGUCUUCUUCACCAACUACCAUCAUCAAUCAAUCAUAAGAGAGAGAAAGAGACGAGGAAAUGGCGAGGAGAGCGGACGAGGAAUACGAUUAUUUGUUCAAAGUGGUGCUAAUCGGCGAUUCGGGAGUAGGGAAAUCGAACCUGCUAUCCAGAUUCACCAGAAACGAGUUCUGCUUGGAGUCCAAGUCCACCAUCGGCGUUGAAUUCGCCACCCGUACGCUUCAGGUUGAGGGAAGAACAGUGAAGGCACAGAUCUGGGACACUGCGGGCCAGGAGAGAUACCGAGCCAUAACUAGCGCCUAUUACAGAGGUGCGCUCGGGGCAUUGUUAGUCUACGAUGUGACAAAGCCAACUUCCUUUGAGAACAUCAGCCGCUGGCUGAAGGAACUGAGAGACCACGCAGAUUCAAACAUUGUGAUCCUGCUGAUUGGAAACAAGACCGACCUGAAGCAUCUUCGAGCAGUUGCCACCGAGGAUGCUGAGAGCUACGCAGAGAAGGAAGGCCUGUCUUUCAUCGAAACAUCUGCUUUGGAGGCGACUAAUGUAGAGACGGCAUUCCAGACAGCCCUCUCUGAAAUCUAUCGGAUAAUUAGUAAGAAGUCGAUUUCUUCAGAGUCAACCAGUGCUCAUAUUAAAGAAGGACAGACUCUUGUUGUCGAUGCACAGGUGACAGAUACCAAGAGAACUUGCUGCUCCGCACCUUAACUGACGACUUGUAUUUCUUUUUUUUCUUUUUUUUUUUUUCAAGUGACGAGGGAAACCCGCAGCCACUACCCGAGGGUGUGCAAUGGGUAAACCCCACAUGACUUGUAUUUCUUGUAUGUAUUUAUAGCUGGCAUAAUUGUUUGAAUGCUUGUAUAUUUUACUUUUACUGUUACUCUGUAUAACAGUAUAUUAUUGUCACCCAUUCAUAGGCUUUCCUUGUGAAUGUGAUGCUUUAGCCUUUAGGCAUGUCUUUUUGAGCA